AUGGCUGCACCCAGCACAACCGCCGCUACCAUGCUGACACCGGACCGACACAACCUCACCAUCGGUCAUUGUCGCGCGCAACGACAGGCACUCUAUUCCCACACCGAUCUUGGCACGCCCACGCUGCUAAAGAAGCACCCGAAACCCAUCAUCUUUACCCCACGGGCAAGUGAGGAUGAGUGGACGGAAAGUCAAGAAGAACUCGAGCGCUGGGAGCAAGGAAGUCGCCCCGCCCAACCACCCAAGCCCAUCAAGACUCAGCGGAAACGGCGACGAGAAGACGACGACGACACGGAUGCGGCGCGGCCCCCCGCACAGGACAUCAGGCUUACGAGAAGUGCCAAAAAGCGACUAGAUGCAGGGUCAACCAGUCGACACGCAGAUGAAGAUGAUGCACGCAGCCUGCACGAGUCCUACACAGCAGGAGAAACAGACGAUGACACAGGCAGUGUUUUUGAGUCAGACAACUACAGCGAUCCCGAGGGCGACGAAGAGGACAUGUUUCUGAGUUCAGACGACAACGAGGACGAGGCCGACCAGCCCGACGAAGACAACAAAGACGAGGCCGACCAGUCCGGGGACAAGGCCGACCAGUUUGACGAGGCCAACCAGUUCGAAGACGAGGCCAACCAGUCUGACGAGGCCAGCCCGUCUGACGAUGCCGACCAGACCGACGACGAUGCCGACCAGACCGACGACGAUGCCGAUAUCCACCAUGCGGACGAUGAUGACAUGAAGGAGACACAGUACUCCCUCGAGAUACCGCUACGCGACCAAGAUCUCUUUAAUGUUGAUGUUACCGCCGCUGAGGUUACAUCCAUGGUGGAAAAAGUCUUACCUGCGCUGUCAUCAAGAAAGAUGAAGAACUUCUACAGAACUAUCGCAGGCCAUCUUGAGAAGUCCCCUCCAUUUAGGAUCCCGGCGCGCUCUCGACACUCCACUACCUGGUCGUUAGUCAACCCUGACUUCGAUUUACUAUGGAAGCACUCAGCCGACGGCGAGCGGGCUCUAGACCUCGGCGACCCAGGUCUGUUACCAAGAUGGCUUAACAUGUCAGAAGACGGCCUUGUAAAGCCAAUUGGCUCGUUCACCGACACACUACUACUGAUAUCCAGCUACCCGACAGCAUCAGAGGAAGGGAGUGUGCAUAACCGCUAUGGCACUGUGGAUGAUAUGAGCAAUGUUUAUGACGACCUGUUUAGUGAGCUAACCGCCGACGAAAUCCGCAAAUUGGUAGAACGAUUGUUGCCAGACCUCCAAGAAGAUGGAGUUCAAGAGUUCCUUGCGACCGUUUAUGACCACGCAUGCACAUCGCCGCCUUUCGUUAUACCCCGCCGAGAGCGAGAUCCGUCCACCUGGCCGCUUACGUAUCCGGACAUGGACUUCGCAUGGGGACAGGCAGUGGAGGGUGAACAUGCUAUUGAGCUCCCGGAGACAAUGGACAACUGGAUUGACAUGAGCGAGAGCAAUUUGGUUAAACCUACUGGAAGCCUCCGCGAUACCCUUCUCAUUGUCAGCUCAUACCCCACUGCCAAGGAGGAUAGCACAGUUCAUCGAUCGUAUGGUACCACCCUAGACAUUUCAAACGAGUCCAUGUUUAUGCUGUACGCCAAGCUUGGCCACCAUGUAUCCUCGAUCAGGCACCACGGCGCCCUCCACUUAGACGUGUUCCCCAGGCGAGUUAACCUCAACAUUGCACUCGGUCUAGGAAAUAUCGUCGACCAGGUUCCGACCAAUCUCGGCAUGUAUUGGAGACUCGUGGUUCGUCAGCUCAUUGAGUCAUCGCAUUCCAAAGUGGCUCUCCUCGUCGGGUCCGCAGGCAUCGCCACAUACGUCGCCUAUCUCAAACAAAACAACAUCCGCCAUCAAAUAUUUGGCCAUCGAACAAAAGCGUGCAACGCUACCGGAAAGAGAUUCAUCACGGAGUAG